GUUAGAGUUAGGUUAGGAGUGAUAUUUUGCGUUUUAAAAACAAACAGUUUUGAUAAAAUCCAUAAGAGUAUAUUGAAAAGAUCAACCUCAUAUGAAUAUAUAAAAAAAUUACUUUUGUUUUUAGCACAUAAUUGUAGAAUGUUAGCUCUUCAACAAUAUUCGGGCAGUAGUGACGAAGAUGAUACAGACAAAAAUAAAAGUAAAGACAUUCCAGUAAAUGCAACUGAAAUUACCAUUAAUUCCGAGUUUUCCAUUAAAAAUAAGCUUGCCAUUUGUGCCGCUCCAAAUGUAGUGCCUACAGGUCUAGAUGGAGAAAAAAUGCAUAUACAUCCUGAUAGUGGAGAACUGACAUAUAAUCCAAAGUAUGAUAUAUUAUUUGCUCCUGUUGUAGGUCCAGCAAAUCCCUUUAAAACGCAACAACAAUCUGUUGAGAGAAACAUGCUCUCUGGACAUAUUGAAAAAGCUCAUGUAAGUGAUUUUCAAUUUGAAAACCAGAGAAGAACUUUUACGAGCUAUGGUUAUGCAUUAGACCCAUCGAUUAGUAAUGAUGGCCAUCUAAAAGUUGUUGGUUCAACUGAUGAAGGCAAAGACGUAGAAAGUGUUAAGACUGUAUUUGAAACUUCAAAGAUAAGACCCUUGGAUAAGAGGAAAAGAAAGAAAAAUGAUAAUCCAGGUGAUAUAGAAGGAUUUUUGGGACCAUGGGGUGGUUUUGUUGAUGAACAGAAAGUUUCUAGACCAACAGAGGAAGAACAGGCUGAGUUAGAUGAAAUAACUUCUAAAAAGAAUAAGAAAGGUAAACCAACAGAGGACAAACCAAUUGAGGAAAAGUCUGUAUUGCAUAUCAAAGAUCCAGUGGACUAUCAAGGAAGGUCUUUUUUGCAUGCUCCACAAGAUGUUGGAGUUAAUCUCAAAUCUGAUACACCUCCUGAGAAGUGUUUUUUACCCAAAUCUCAUAUUCAUACAUGGACUGGGCACUCCAAAGGUGUUGCAGCCAUCAGAUGGUUUCCCAGAACAGCACAUUUGUUCCUGUCUGCUAGUAUGGAUUGUAGGAUUAAGAUUUGGGAAGUUUAUAAUGAGAGAAGAUGUAUUAGAACUUACUAUGGCCAUAGACAAGCUGUGAGAGAUAUUAACUUUAAUAAUUCUGGAAAGCUUUUCCUUUCGGCUGGAUAUGACAGGUACAUUAAACUUUGGGACACAGAAACUGGACAAGUUGUUUCAAGAUUCACUAGUCGAAAAAUUCCAUACUGUGUUAAAUUUAACCCAGAUAAAAAUAAGCAGCAUUUAUUUGUUGCUGGUACAUCCGACAAGAAAAUUAUCUGUUGGGAUACUAGGUCUGGUGACAUCGUUCAGGAAUAUGAUAGACAUUUGGGAGCCGUCAACAGCAUUACUUUUGUAGACGAAAACCGAAGGUUUGUUACUACCUCAGAUGAUAAGUCUUUAAGGGUAUGGGAAUGGGAUAUACCUGUCGACAUGAAAUACAUUGCAGAUCCUACAAUGCACAGCAUGCCAGCGGUCACACCAGCACCUAAUGGGAAGUGGCUGGCGUGUCAAAGUAUGGACAAUAAGAUUGUGAUUUUCUCAGCCAUGAAUCGUUUUAAAAUCAACCGAAAAAAGACUUUCACCGGUCAUAUGGUAGCAGGUUACGCAUGCUCGUUAGAUUAUUCUCCAGAUAUGAGUUAUUUAGUGUCCGGUGACGCUGAUGGAAAGGUAUACGUCUGGGAUUGGAAAACAACAAAAUUGUACAAAAAAUGGAAAGCCCAUGAUAACGUUUGCAUCAGUGUAUUAUGGCAUCCACAUGAAGCGAGCAAGAUGAUAUCGGCAGGCUGGGAUGGCGUUAUUAAAUUUUGGGAUUAACAUGUAUUUUUGUAUGCAGAACAAUUUUAUUAAAUGUUAUUUAUUUUC